GGCAUGCGCAGUGCACGGCCGGCGGGGUGGCCCCAACGGCGCGGGGAGCUGUGCGGCAGCGGUGGCGACGUGAGCGCGCAGGGGGGCGGCGGCCUCGCCUAGUCUGGCUCUCUCCGCCUAGGCCGGGAGAAGCUGAGCGCAAGAAGAUGUCGGAUUUUGACAGUAACCCGUUUGCGGACCCGGAUCUCAAUAACCCGUUCAAGAUUGGACAUUCUCUGUGGUCAGUGGAGACUGAAGGAGGUGUAAGGGGCUGCAGCUGUUCCACUAACGAAGAUCCAUCAGUUACACAGGUGACAAGAAAUGUUCCACCAGGACUUGAUGAAUAUAAUCCAUUCUCAGAUUCUAGAACACCUCCACCAGGCAGUGUGAAAAUGCCUAAUGUACCUAAUACACAGCCAGCAAUAAUGAAACCAACAGAGGAACAUCCAGCUUAUACACAGAUUGCAAAGGAACAUGCCCUCGCUCAAGCUGAACUUCUUAAGCGGCAAGAAGAACUAGAAAGAAAAGCUGCAGAAUUAGAUCGUCGAGAACGAGAAAUGCAAAACCUCAGUCAACAUGGUAGAAAAAAUAAUUGGCCACCUCUUCCUGAGAAUUUUCCUGUGGGACCUUGUUUCUAUCAGGACUUUUCUGUAGACAUUCCCGUAGAGUUCCAGAAGACAGUAAAGCUCAUGUACUACUUGUGGAUGUUCCACGCUGUAACACUGUUUCUGAAUAUCUUUGGAUGUCUGGCUUGGUUUUUUGUGGACUCCUCCAGAGGGGUUGAUUUUGGACUGAGCAUCCUGUGGUUUGUGCUGUUCACACCUUGCUCAUUUGUCUGCUGGUAUAGACCACUUUACGGAGCCUUCAGGAGCGACAGUUCCUUCAGAUUCUUUGUGUUCUUCUUCGUCUAUAUCUGUCAGUUUGCUGUCCAUGUGCUCCAGGCUGCUGGGUUUCAUAACUGGGGCAAUUGUGGCUGGAUUUCAUCCCUUACUGGCCUUAACCAAAAUAUUCCUGUUGGAAUCAUGAUGAUAAUCAUAGCAGCACUUUUCACAGCAUCAGCAGUCAUCUCACUAGUUAUGUUUAAAAAAGUACAUGGACUGUAUCGUACAACGGGUGCUAGUUUUGAGAAGGCCCAACAGGAGUUUGCGACAGGUGUGAUGUCCAACAAGACUGUCCAGACUGCAGCUGCAAAUGCAGCUUCCACAGCGGCAACGAGUGCAGCAACAAGUGCCUUCAAGGGUAACCAGCUCUAGAGGCCUCCACAGCAUGUCGUUCCCUUCUGACGGUACCAUUCUCUCCAGUUACUGUAUUCUGCAGCUGUUUUUAUGUUGGAAACACAGUACACACAGCAUGGGUAUUUCCUGUUCACAUGUGCAUGGGCUAAAAGCAGAAAAACUUGAUCUUAUUUUACCAAAUAGUUUUUUCAUAUUUCAGUGCCCCGGCAGAAAAAAUAUUACAUGCUAAAUAAAUAUAUUCUCCAUAUUUUUGGAGAAUGGUGUUUAACAAAUUGUUUUAUGGUGACUUGCUGAAAUGUACUUAAAAUCUGAAGAGCUCUUAGCACUAACUGGGUAGUUCUCUCAAGAUUCUUUAAAGGUAAGGGUGACACGAGAAAACAUUCUCUUUUUCCUUAUUUAUUUUGAAAGAAAUAGGCCAGGAGAGACACAAAGUUUAAAUUGACUUGCUUUUCUAGCAGUUUCAUCACCAGUGAGAGCCUGUGUGCUUUGUGGUAGAUGAUGUAUAUUUUGUCAUCUUUUAUUCCUUUUUAAUGGUAGCUGAUAUUUUGAUAACAGUCUCUGGUCUUGCAUGGCAACAUGUUGCUUAACUUAAAAGAAUUAGUUUUGGGUUCUGUACUGCGUAUAGUUGUAGGAUUCAGAGUUGUUUAUGGAUCAUAGAAGUGAUUUUCUGUAAUAGUUUCUUUUAAAUAAAAAUUUAUUGCAGUACAGUAUGAGACUUUAAUAUAUUAUGCAGUGCAUUAUCCAAAAGAGAAGGUAGUUCGUCAAUGCAAUAGAAUGUAGUAAUAAUAAUUCCUUUUAUUUUAUUUCUAAUAUUCAGUGUUCAUACAGUAAAAUUUUACUGUAUGGAAACUCUGGUAUAUUCUUGUGAGUACUCUUUUUAAUUGAACUGAGAUUGUGUUUGGCAACUUAUUUUUGGGAUGUGUGUGUGUGCGUGUAAUUUUUGACAGAAGUAUUAAAGGCUAACUUAAUCCUUGUCUAAAAAGAAUAUACAGUAUUUAAGGAAUUUUUAUUUUAGCUUCUCAUUUUAGUGGCAUUAAAAAUAAAAAGACCUUUAAAACUUCUAAUAUACUAGAAUCCCUGAUGCACCUACAUGUUUUACUUUUUGGGAUAGACUAAACACAUUUAAAUUGUUUACCAAUAGAAAAAAUCAAAACAUUGCACCAAAAAGAAAGUACAUAUAGAAUUAAAAGCAUUAACUAUGAACAUAAACACAUUGAAAUCAUUACUAUAGAGCACAGAACUUUAUUCUUAGGGUAUACAUGGAUUUAAACUUUGAGUCAUUUUUAAUAUUCAUUAAAUGACUCAAAAGCAUUUCUAAAUCAUGCUCCUGUGUUUUGAAAUCCUUUAGAUAACUUUUGAUUGUAGACGCAUAGGUAGUGCUUUACUCAGCUUGAUUUUAAGCAAGGAUGAUAUAUAUAUUGGGUUAUAUUAUUUGUGACCGAAAAUGUUUUUUAAAAAAAAACCAAGUGGGCAUAAAUGAGAAUACAUCACUUUUUAUUCUCCUUCCCCAAUCUGGAGUUAAAGUAAGUUUCAUGCUUGAUGAGAUGCCACGUUCUUACUGUUUAUGAGGAAGCUCUGUGUGCUGCCCAGAGACACGGAUCAUACAGACCGUGUUUAUGUUUGGAUUAUUUGGGACUUUAUUGAAUAAUAUAGUUGGAAGGUAUUUCUUUUAUGCUGAAGAAAAUAGGAUUCAGAGUAUGAAGUAAGGUGUUUUAUAAAUAUUUCUGAUCAGUGAUAAUCUUUACCUGCAUUCUCACCCACCUCACCAGCUCUGGUUCUUUGGAUCCUGUAGUGUAAGUGAAAACUUUUUUUUAUUGAAUGUGGGUUUUAUAAAUAUUCAAAACAUUAACCUCAAAAUGUAACAAGAGCAUCAUACCCAUCACUAUAUUCCAGGUCUAUGUUUUGUUUUCCUCUGCUAAAAGAAAAACAUAAUAAAUAGCAAAAGAUUUAUUGAAGACUUUUGAAAAAUACUGAUAUUCUUUACUUUAAAAUUGCAGUGUUUCUGUUAUGUAGAAAUCUCCAAACAUUAUCAAAAGUGAAGAAUUAUUACAACCCACAGUAUCUUUUUCUGUGUGAAUAGAGAAAAAAAAAAACCUUUAGAUUUACCUAGGUUAAAACAAGUCUGAGAGGAAAAAUUGUUUUUUAAAAACGUAAGUUGCAUUAAAAUGAUGACAAUGCCUAAAGAUUGAUAGGUAUGAAAGCAGCUUUAAAUUCUCGUAUUCACUAUUUUCUUAACAAUAAUCAGUAAACAGUUACAUUUUUACACAGCAAAAGAUUGGCAUUUGUCAGUGUUUCAUACUUAAUACUAAAAUUAUGUUUUACCACAAUCACAAAAUAGUCUUCAUAUCAUAGGCAUACGUGACACCUUUCAGUUUGCAUUAUUAAAUCAUGGCUGUUCUAUUUCAAGCUAAGGUUUGAAUACUGGAAAAAUCCUUGCUCAGUAGUUUGUAAAACUGGGUCUUGGUUCUUGACCUGGGGAUGUUUGUAUAUUUUGUAGGUGAGUAUACUGCACUGUUGUCAUAGUGACUGUCAUGGUUCUGUUCCAAUGCCUUCCAUCUGUCCUCUGAUGUUGCAUGUUUUCAGUGAUUUGGAAGUUUUGUAUAUUUAUUGUAUUAAUGCAGAGUGUCAUAAAUAAAAUACUGUUUAUUGGA